GGUAUAGAGAAACCGAGGGGGAGAGAACCCGAGUGUGUGUAUGCGUGUGCGUGUGUGAGCGCGAGCGAGCUUGCGAGGGAGAGGAGCGGAGAGUGCGAGCGAGAAAGAAUAAAAGGAAAGAAGAUUUUCUCUAUGUAUAUAAAGAUGGCCACGUUAGCAAACGGACAGGCUGACAACGCGAGCCUCAGUACCAACGGGCUCGGCAGCAGCCCGGGCAGCGCCGGGCACAUGAACGGAUUAAGCCACAGCCCGGGGAACCCGUCGACCAUUCCCAUGAAGGACCACGAUGCCAUCAAGCUGUUCAUUGGGCAGAUCCCCCGCAACCUGGAUGAGAAGGACCUCAAGCCCCUCUUCGAAGAGUUCGGCAAGAUCUACGAGCUUACGGUUCUGAAGGACAGGUUCACAGGCAUGCACAAAGGCUGCGCUUUCCUCACCUACUGCGAGCGUGAGUCAGCGCUGAAGGCCCAGAGCGCGCUGCACGAGCAGAAGACCCUGCCCGGGAUGAACCGGCCGAUCCAGGUGAAGCCCGCGGACAGCGAGAGCCGAGGAGAAGAUAGAAAACUCUUCGUGGGCAUGCUCAACAAGCAGCAGUCUGAGGACGAUGUGCGCCGCCUCUUCGAGGCCUUCGGGAACAUCGAAGAGUGCACCAUCCUGCGCGGGCCCGACGGCAACAGCAAGGGGUGCGCCUUUGUGAAGUACUCUUCCCAUGCCGAGGCGCAAGCCGCCAUCAACGCGCUGCAUGGCAGCCAGACCAUGCCGGGAGCCUCAUCCAGUCUGGUGGUCAAGUUCGCCGACACUGACAAGGAGCGCACGAUGCGGCGAAUGCAGCAGAUGGCUGGCCAGAUGGGCAUGUUCAACCCCAUGGCCAUCCCGUUCGGGGCCUACGGCGCCUACGCACAGGCACUGAUGCAGCAGCAAGCGGCACUAAUGGCAUCAGUCGCGCAGGGUGGCUACCUGAACCCCAUGGCUGCCUUCGCCGCCGCCCAGAUGCAGCAGAUGGCAGCCCUCAACAUGAACGGCUUGGCAGCCGCACCCAUGACCCCAACCUCAGGUGGCAGCACCCCUCCGGGCAUCACUGCACCAGCUGUGCCUAGCAUCCCAUCCCCCAUUGGGGUGAAUGGCUUCACCGGCCUCCCCCCACAGGCCAAUGGGCAACCUGCUGCGGAAGCUGUGUUUGCCAACGGCAUCCACCCCUACCCAGCGCAGAGCCCGACCGCCGCGGACCCCCUGCAGCAGGCCUACGCUGGAGUGCAGCAGUAUGCAGGUCCAGCUGCCUACCCUGCUGCCUAUGGUCAGAUAAGCCAGGCCUUUCCUCAGCCACCUCCAAUGAUCCCCCAGCAACAGAGAGAAGGGCCCGAGGGCUGUAACCUGUUCAUCUACCAUCUGCCCCAGGAGUUUGGGGACGCUGAGCUGAUGCAGAUGUUCCUCCCUUUCGGCCGGCACCCUGUGCCCUCCCGCUGCCAGGCCCCCUCCUGUCAGGGAGGACAGUGUCCAAUAAACUCCUCCACCCGCAGGCUUCGUGAGUUUCGACAACCCGGCCAGCGCGCAGACCGCCAUCCAGGCCAUGAACGGCUUCCAGAUCGGUAUGAAGAGGCUCAAGGUGCAGCUGAAGCGGCCCAAAGACGCCAAUCGCCCGUACUGAGCGCCGGCGGGAGCGUCCCCCGGGGGAGACCAGGACUCGCACAGGGCAGGAUGCUGAACGGGCUACAUUAAAAAUCAAACCUCUCUCUCUCUCUAUUUAUAAAUGAGAACUGUUGGAUGACACCUUUGACAUAUCAGCCAAUAUCAAUCAAGCUGAGGACUCCAGACACUCUGUGACUAUAACAUUUCUUCGAGGAAAGUAUAGCGUCUAUGGAGUUCAGAGGGCGCGUGUUUGGGGGAAAAUACAUGUGACAUAAAGAAGAAGAAGAUGAAGAAAAAUGAGAAAAAACACACACACACACACAAAAAAAGGCAACUUUUAAAACAAAAUAACUUGAGACCAGAUGGGGAGGCUGAAGGGCUGGGACUGAAAAGAGACGCUGCUUACCGAUCCCCGGGGCGUUUCCAGCCCGUGGGCGCCUGAGGCAGGCAGGGGCAAGCGGUGUUGCGGGACCUGGUCCCCAGAGGGCGGCUGGGAGGUCGCCACUGAGCAUCUCUAUCUGUCAUUCCUUUAGCUAUUUAGGGACCAAAGGACCAAACUUUUUAUUGCAGAUGUGUAGCUCUAUGUCAAAUUGAGGGGGAACGGAGGAGAACCUCCUUCCUGCCUCCUGGCUGUUCUUGAAACAGCUUAGAGCGAUUCUAUGAAAAAUGUAAUAAAAAAAAAAAUUUAAAAAAAAACA